AUGAAUACAACAAUAAUAAUGUUCGCUGCCGUGAUACUUUUGGUAUCUGUGGUGCAUGCUGCAACACCAGCCACUGCAGCAACUCCAGCCACCCCAGCAACUCCGGCUACACCUGCAGCAAAAGUGAAAAGAUCUGCUCAAGAAGCAACUGCUGCAACUGCUGCAACGCCAGCAACUCCUGCAACUCCUGCAACGCCAGCAACUCCUGCAACGCCAGCGACUCCAGUAACACCGGCAGAUCCUACAAAUCUAAAUACUCCUGAUAAUCAGGCAGCUCCCGAAAACCCGGAUAUUCCCAGUCU